GUCUUUGGCCCCGCCCAUUGCCAGACGUGCGGCUCUUGUGUUCCGCGUUCUGUAUAUUUGAUAAUUUCGAGCACUGUUUUGAUUUCUGAACAAGCUGGUGGUGUAAAAACCCAAAGUGGGAGUGGAGCGUCUUUUCAGCCCAUUGGAUUCCGUGUAAGAGUGCUGUCAUGUCGUCAGUGUGGCAGCAGGAGGCGUCAGCGUACUCUCCCUGUUUGGAGAUUGACUCCAGCUCUGUGAGAAGCAAAGACAGGCUAAACUCCACAGCAUGGAUGAAGCAGGAGCAGGAUGACCUGCGCAUCAUCAAGUUUGAGAACUUCCAGAUGGGACCCUCGGAUGUGGUCCAGGACAACACCCCCAGCAGCGCCAUGUCCAAUGUGUCAUUGACAGAGGGGCUUCCCCCAAGGGUGCUGCUGACCAUCACUAAGCUCCAGUGCAUGCUGGAGAGCAAACAGGAGCGCAUCGCUGCCCUGGAGAUGCAGGUGGAGGAUCUGAUGCAGGACCGACAGUUCCUCAGGAAUCAGAUCGAGAACCUCACCAGCAACCGCUCCUUACAGACAUUUGCAGCACCUAAUCCAAUGUCUGAAGUUCCCAGGCCAAGCAAAACCCAUAGUUCAGAUAUUAAAUCUCGCAAAAGAGAGCGGGGGUUUUCCAGCUCCUCAUCCAGUAGCAACAGUGACUGUGAAGGUUCAGACGGCUCAGAGGUGUCGGCCGCCUCCAGUGAACAGAGAAAGAGGAAGCAUCACAAAGACAAGAAGAAGUCCAAGAAGACAAAGGACUACAGCCGGAAAAGAGCUACUGGAAUCCAAUAUGUCAUCCACCGCUACAAACAAGUCUUGUCUGCCUUUAACAAGAAAAAGAACAUGAGCGAAGCCUUCCGCCAUCAUGGGAUUGACAGGAACACAAUUGCUAACACGGCCUCUAUAGCAGAGGUACAGCUGGCAGGCAAAGACCUGACCCGUUUGGUGGGCACGUUCCGCCAAGGAGAGGAGACUCUGGUGUCCUAUGCCCAGAAGUGCACAAUGGUCAUUGACACUGAUCCAGAACUCGCCCGAAAAAUCGACCAGAUGAAAGCCAAUGGGGAGCUACUGCCCAUCUCCGGGAAAAGAUCAAGGCUAAUGAUGCAUGGUCAUCUUCCACCACUAGGUGGUGCGCCUGACAGUAUUUUAAUAGGAUGAAGCCUAUAGGACUUUAGGCUUAUUUCUCAUUGUAGGGAUAUAUCUUAUACUUAUACUAACAGACAUUCAUCGGAGCUACGAUUAAUUUUAAAUGUAUAAUAUGCAUUGGACUGACCUUAUUCUAAAUAUUUAACUUAAAUGACGCAUUUUUACUUUUCAUCAGAUUUUGGUAUAUUUAAAGCAUUUUGUAUCUCAUUAUCUGUCAAUACUUUGUGAAAAGUUUACUUACUGAAAAUCUAUUGUAUGUAGUUUUAGAAACAGCCACAGGAUGGCAGUACUGUCUUUUGUUGUGAUCAGGGGUUUUCAUAGUAUUUGAUUUACACCAAAAUGGUGGCUGUAUAAUCAGAUUUUUUAUGCACCAAUUCACUCUGUAGCUUUUCUUACAGUCAUGUUCCUUCCCUGGUAUUCUUAUUGUUCCUCUCUUUAUACCACCAACAUAUAGGUCUGUAGACUGAGCAUACGCACCUUAGUUUCUCAUAUAGUGUGCACUGUGUUCAGUUUUACAAUAAACACAUGUGGUAAAAUGCUGC